CUCUCUCUCUCUCUCUCCACUACCCUUCCCUUUAUAUUUCUUCUCUAUAAUAACCUAAUCCUUUCUACACGAUAUAGUGUAUCAUAUAUCCCUUCCUUUCCCACCUCUCAUCAUGACUCAUCCCUACUGCUCCAAUGACUUCAAUGCUUGGUUUGACCUCAAUUCUCCAUGCCUUUUCUCUUCUUCUUCAUCACCCUGCUAUUUUCCUUCCACAACUUAUCAUCAUCAUAGCUUCACAAGUGGCAUCUCUUUCACUCAACACCAAUCUUCUCCCUCCUCUCACCCUCCAAAAGAAGCCCUUCCUCUCCUUAACCUAAGCCCUCCAAGAGGUGAAGAUCUUGAAUCUUCAUUUAGUGCCAUGAAAGUGAACAACAACAUGAAGGAGAAAGAACUAAGCAUCAUGUCAUCUAAUGAUAACUCUAUGGAUGAUGACACUGUGACGGUGGCUUUGCACUUAGGGCUUCCAAGCACUACUUCAGCUGAUUUAACUUCAAAUUUAUACUCCACUGAGAUUUCAGACAAAGAAGAAAAAGCCACGGUUGCUUCUGAGUAUUCGCCUGGUAGAAUUAACAAGGGUCAGUAUUGGAUCCCUACCCCAGCUCAAAUUCUGAUCGGUCCAACACAGUUUUCAUGCCCCCUUUGUUUCAAGACGUUCAACAGAUACAACAACAUGCAGAUGCAUAUGUGGGGGCAUGGAUCUCAAUAUAGGAAGGGGCCUGAGUCUCUAAGAGGAACACAGCCAACAGCAAUGCUUAGACUCCCUUGCUAUUGUUGUGCACCUGGAUGCAAGAACAACAUUGACCAUCCAAGAGCAAAGCCACUCAAAGAUUUUAGGACCCUUCAAACACAUUACAAGAGAAAGCAUGGAAUCAAGCCCUUCAUGUGUAGAAAAUGUUGCAAAGCCUUUGCUGUGAGAGGUGACUGGAGAACUCACGAGAAGAACUGUGGGAAGCUUUGGUAUUGCUCUUGUGGAUCUGAUUUUAAGCACAAGAGAUCCCUUAAGGAUCAUAUUAAAGCAUUUGGGAAUGGACAUAGAGCUUGUGGAAUCGAUCAUUGUCUUGAUCAAGAUGAUGAAGCGGGGUCUGAAAUUGAGCAAGAGAAUGAAUCUUUAAUUUCUAGUCAUAGUUGAUGUGUGUUUUUCAACUAUGAAGACAUGCUGAUUGACGAUUCUCAUCUUUUGAACUAAUUAUAUUGUUGACUAAGACUACCAUCACUAAUUAACGAGUUCUCCACUCCCCCUCUUUCUUUUUCUC